GUUGGGGUUAUAGCAUAUAUCAAGUGAUAGACAUUUGAGGACUUUGUUUGAGAAACUGUUGUAUGAAAGGAAACAUGGGCAGCUGCACUGGGGGGAUGAAGAAUCAUGGUAGAGAGGACCUUGGGGAAAAAAAGAGAGGUGAUUUGCCUGCAAAUUUGAAGAAGUCGUAGAAAGUGUAUGCUCUUUAAAGAAUUAAAUACUCUUUUUAAUUGAAUUCACAUUUGAAAAGAGGAAACAUAUCUUGGAAGAGAUCACCAAAUAUUGAAAGUAGAGUGACUACAACUAGAGAAGAACAGAUGUUUUUUUGUGAAAGUUACUAUCUCUAACUUAAUAAACCUGCAGGAAUCUAUAUGAAUACAGCACACCCCAUUGGCAAACAGGGAGUCCUGUUUGUUUAGCUGUCCGUAUAUAUGCUUAGCCACAACAAGUAAGCUGUAGAGCUAGAAAACCACGACUGCGUUAACAGAUGUGACUUCACUGCAAGACUUUUACUCUGAGAAAGAAGUCCUGAAUGAGGUUCACAUAUUUGAGAUUGGGAAGCAGUAUUGAUUGGAUGCAGAGAAAAUGGGGCAAAAACCAUCACAACAAUUGGCUCUGAAGGACAGCGAAGAAGUUCUUAGUGUCUGUGAGGCUGUCAGUGGAGCUAUGAUCCACGCAGCUCGGAAACUGCAGGAUUACCUUGGCUUUGCAGACCCUCUGAGCAAUCUCUGCCCAGCUCCAAACACUUUAAAUGAAAUCUUCUUAAUUCACUUCAUCACCUUCUGCCAAGAAAAGGGAGUUACUGGGCGUCUCACCACCACCAAGAUGACCAAGCACCAGGCCUCAUUAUUUGGGGCAGACUGGAUUUGGACCUUUUGGGGAUCCAAUAAGCACAUCAGGCUUCAGUUGGCUGUCCAGACUCUGCAGAUGUCUUCUCUCCAUCCUGUGGAAUCUGAGCCUGGUGACCUCUCCAAUCCAGAAUCCAGGGCAGAAGAGUCUUCCCGGAAGAGAAGCAGAUUUGAUAAGCUGGAAGAAUUCUGUAACUUGAUAGGAGAGGAUUGUCUGGGCCUCUUUAUCAUCUUUGGUGUACCAGGAAAGCCUAAAGACAUUAGGGGAGUUGUCCUGGACAGUGUCAAAAGUGAGCCCGUGAGGGGCCAUGUACCAGGAGGGCAGGCUGUGGCACAAUUUAUCCUGGAAACUGAAGAUUGUGUCUCCAUCAGAGAGCUGCUUGGAAACUGUCUGAGUAAGAAAGACGGGCUAAGAGAGGUGGGCAAGGUUUAUAUUAGCAUCCUCUGAACUGGAUAUGUGUGUAAAAUGAAAAGAAAAAGGUAUUUUAUUCUACUAAGCAGGCUCAUCAACUUGUGAAAAUGAUCACCUGGGUCAAAACGUAUUCGUGUUAUGAUUAUGGAGAGGAAAAAUACCCUCUCAUAUUGCGGGGGAAACUGAUAAUUUAGCUUAAUCUUUCAUUUAUUUACUCAAUAAUAGAUGAGGAAGGGGAGGAUAAUAGAGUCACCCUUAAAGUUUGAUUUGCCAAAAAAAAGAAAAAGUCUUUGUUCGAAAUAAUAAGUCUGUUUCUUGAAAAUGUAAAACGUGUUUUUAUUGCUGUGGGUGUGAGAUAGGUAGGGUGAGGAGGUGUGUAAAACUGUAAAACAGGUUUAAUUAUGUUUACAAUAUGAGUUUCAAUUCAGAACUCCUAAGCAAAACCUUCCACUCUCCCAAACCUCUCUCCUUACUCAUCCCAAAUUGCUUCCUCUACACAGAGAGGACCCUGGUGGGAUUCAUUUUGUGAUCUGCUUGCGUGUUAGAGACAGUGACUCAUAUAACAAUCACUUGUAGUAAUGAUUAACAUUUGUUUAUCCUUUGCAACAAGGAAAGUAUAUUCACAUACAAAAACCAUCAUUGCUUAAAAGCCUGGGUGGGAUUGUAACAGUAGUGUUGGGGAGGAAAAAUAAUUUCCCCUCUACCCUUAUAGAAGGUAGAAGCAAAAAAUGCUUAAAAAUGUAAAGGGAAGAUAGAUUCAUUCACACAUGAUUGCUCUUACAUUUUAGGUCCUGUUCUAUGCCCUGCCAAUCCAGCAGUAAAAAGAACAAAGUCCCUGUUCUUAGGGAGUUUCCCUCUUAAUAACAGAAGACAAAAUAAAUAUAUGUGCCUAUAUUUAAAAGGUACAUUUAAAAUAUAUAUCAGGGGUGCUGUAAAGAAAAAUAAAACAUGGGUAAGGGGGCAGAGUGAAGGAGGUGCUGUUUUAUAUGGGAUAGUUAAGGCCUCAAUGAGAAGCGGGCAGUUAACCAGAAAUCUGAAUGAAGAGAGAGUAUCUGUGCAGAUAUCUGGAAGAGUGUUCUGGGCGUAGGGAACUGCAAAUGUAAAGGGCUUGAAAUGGGAGUGCAUUUGAUGUUUGAGGCACAGCAAAAGAGGCUGGUGUGGAUGGAACAGUGAGCCAGAGGGAGAAUGAUAGGAGACGAGAUCAGAGAAAUGGCCGGCAAACAGAUCAAGCAGGUCAUACUUGAAAGGACUUUGGUUUUUAUUGAGUGAUAUGGGGAGACAAAUGCCUUGAUUUCACUUACCCUUUGAAAAAUCUCACUUGAUUACUGGAUGGAGCCUAGAUUUCAGGGAGGAAAGAGUGGAAGCAUAGCCUAGGAGGACAGGUAGGAGGCUGUUAUAAUAAACCAGAUGAGAGAAAAGGGUGGUCUGGACCAAAGUUGCAGAGAAGGAGGGAUAAA